CGCCAGACUUUAGGUCCCUGCCAACAGCUCCUUUCUCUACUAGAGAUCAUUAAUUUUUUUACCCGCGAUCUCAAAGCCAUGAGUGUGUUCCCAAAAGAAACAAUCAAGAACAUUGGCGAAUCACUUGGCAUUACCAAUCUAAAAGAUGAAGUAGCGACUGCCCUUGCCCAAGAUGUCGAAUACCGAGUACACGAACUGAUUCAAGAAGCAACCAAAUUUAUGCGCCAUUCAAAACGAUCUAAACUUACUGUUGACGAUAUUAAUUCAGCACUUCGUCUAAAAAACGUAGAGCCCUUAUACGGAUACGCAUGCAGUGAUGCCCCCAAAUUCAGAAAAACGACUGUCAACACAAACGAUAUCUAUUUCGCAGAAGAUAACGAGGUCGACUUUGAUACAAUACUGAGUAAACCAUUACCCAAGAUUCCGUUGGAUGUAGCAUUUACAGCACAUUGGCUCGCGAUUGAGGGUGUUCAACCUGCUAUUCCACAAAACCCAACUCCAGGAGACGCCAAAGCAGACAUAUUAUCAAAACGAACGAGCAAGGGCCAUGGUGGUAGCAUAUCAGAUCAAGUUGAUGUUAAACCACUCGUCAAACACGUUCUGUCAAAGGAACUACAAAUGUAUUUUGAACGUAUCACAGAAGCUGUUUUAAGCGACGACGAACGAUUACGAUCACAGGCGUUUGAGAGUUUACGCAUGGAUCCAGGCUUGCAUCAGCUGUUGCCUUACUUCGUACAACAUAUCCACAAGAAAAUAUCACAAAAUCACAAGGAUCUGGAUAUCCUGAGCGCCAUGUUGUCCAUGGCCCAUUCGCUUUUAAACAACAAACAUCUUUUCGUCGAACCCUAUCUACAUCAAUUGAUCCCUUCCAUCUUGACAUGUCUUGUCGGCCGCACGAUCUGCGAAAACCCUAUGCAACAAGAUCAUUGGACUGUAAGACAACGCGCAGCCGCUCUUAUUGCCAGUAUCUGCGGGGAAUAUGGCAAAGCGUAUCAUACAUUACAGCCACGUAUUACAAAGACGUUAUUACGAGCAUUCAUGGAUCCGGCACGACCGCUUACAACACAAUACGGUGCAAUUGUUGGCUUGGAACAUUUGGGUGUUGAAGUAACCCGGGUGUUGAUUGUGCCCAAUAUCAAGUUUUACAGCGAUUGUUGCCUUGCAAAUGCUUUGGAGGGCAGCAGCAUACAACGGAAACAGGAGGGUGAAAAGUGUCAAGAAGCUCUGGUGUUUGUACUGGAACAUGUGGCACAAGAUGCAGCAGACGAAAAUGAAGAAUCACAAGAAGUUGCCAGCGAAGACGACAAGCAAAAAUUCCUCAGCGUGAUUGGAUCGAUCGUAGGAGACGAGUUCUUGACACGAAACCAAAACAUUAAAAAAGUAGCAUUGCAAAAUAUCAUGGAUGCAGCACAUUAAAGAAUGGUACAUAAAGAAGUGUUUUUCAACGGAAAAAAAAUAAAAUUAAACUGAAAGUUAUGA